CAUGAGAGAGAGAGAGAGAGAGAGAGAGAGAGAGAGAGAGCGUCACAGUGUUUUCGUUCAGUACACGUUACCUCACACGCACUCUGAAGACACAGCAGCGAGAAAGGGCACCCGUAUCUAUCCGUUGCAUUACUGGCUGGUUUCUUUCAGAGAGAGCUCUGCAGACGUGAAAAUACCACGAUUCCUGCUGAAGUGGAACUCUCGCCAGUUGCCACAGUCUUUCCUGGAUUCCCUUCAACCUUCUCGCCGCAUUUCUCCAUCCUAGGUUUUCUGGAAUGAGCUGUUUUCCUGCUUGCGUCGUUUCCAUGUCAGCAUGGGAACUGCCGUGUCCAAAAGGAAGAAUAUAAGAAACGAUGCGACAUCUUCCGUGGCAGCAAAAGUUAGAGCAGCGCGAGCGUUUGGAGAGUACCUGUCCCACACACACCCUGAGAACCGAAACGGCUCAGCCCAUCUCCUGUCUGACACGUUUGUGGGCCCAGACUCUGUCUCCCCUGGCGGUGUCCGUCACCACAACAACAACUAUCCAUACCCCCACAGGGGCUCUCCGGCCUCCCCUGAGUCCAGCCUGGUGAAGCAUCCGCUGGACCACCUCCAGCCCCCGCCCGCCUCCAUCACCACCACCAAGACCCGCCUGUCUCUGGAGCGCAGCUUCUCGGCUGAGGAAGACCAGCAGAAGUGUGUGGAGUGCGCCCUGCAGCCCGCCCGCGUCUACACCAUCACCGGAGAGCACGGUAUGCUGGGUAGCAACCGGGGCAGCAAGGAGAGCCUGGAGCUGGAGCUGCUGAAGGGGGCGUCGCCCCUGGUCCAGCCCUCCACCUCCCCCUCCUCCACCUCCUCCUCCUCACCCACCCAGCACCACCUCCGUCACGGUCACCGCAGCAACACUCACCGCGAUGACGGGAGCCAUCGUCACGGCAACCCCGUGGCCGGCGGCAGUGGCAGCAACCAUCACACUCUGAAUGUUACCGGUGGGGGAGUCUCCCACCAUGGCCACCAUGGCAGCCACCACCAUCUAUCCCAGCAGCCUCUGUCGAGCUCGGUCAGCGCGCAAAACAUCCGCAGCUGGGGCGAGGGGGGCAAGGGGGACUCACGGGAGGACUGCAGCCUCAAUGUGGUCUUGGACUCUAGUGGGGCCCCGUCCCGUAGCCAGGGCUCCCUGGAUCUAGAGAGCUCCCGCGAGGCAGGCAAGCAACACAGGCGCCUAGAGAGGAUGUGCAGUGUGGACCGGAUGACUGGGCUGGAGAGAGAGGACAACAACUGGUACCCAAAAGACAAUAUGUUUAGCUUUCAGACUGCUACUACCACCAUGCAGGCGAUAUCGGCUUUCCGGGGAUUUGUGCAGAGAAAGAGGAGAGAGAGGGAGCUGGAUUCGGCUGAAGUCAUCCAGAGGAACUUCCGGAAGCAUCUCAGAAUGGUGGGCAGCAGGAGGAUGAAGGCACAGACAUUUGCCGAGCGUAGAGCGAUGAGUUUCAACCGCUCCUGGAGUGACCCCACCCCUGUCAAGAAUGACUCUCCACAUGACCCCAGAGACAGUGGGGACCUGCCUGCCUCGUGUGGGACCCUGGAUGAGGGGGAGCGUGAGGAGCUAGACUGGGAGGAGGAGAGGGAGAUGGAGAGACUUGCCUGUGAGGGAGAUGACUUCAUCCCACCCAAAAUCAUGCUGAUCUCCUCCAAAGUCCCCAAGGCGGAGUACGUUCCCACCAUCAUCCGCAGGGAUGACCCCUCAAUCAUCCCUAUCCUCUAUGACCAUGAACAUGCUACGUUUGAUGAUAUCCUCGAGGAGAUUGAGAAGAAGCUAACAGCCUACAGGAGAGGGAGCAGAAUCUGGAGGAUGCUCAUCUUCUGUCAGGGAGGUCCAGGGCAUCUGUACCUGUUGAAGAAUAAAGUGGCCACAUUCGCCAAGGUGGAGAAAGAAGAGGACAUGAGCCAGUUCUGGAGGAGGCUGAGUCGGUUUAUGAGCAAAGUGAACCCUGAACCCAACCUCAUCCACAUUAUGGGCUGCUACGUCCUGGGAAACCCCAAUGGAGAGAAGCUGUUCCAGAAGUUGAAGAACCUGAUGAGGCCUUACUCCAUCGAAUUCGAGUCGCCACUGGAACUGUCUGCGCAGGGAAAAGAGAUGAUUGAGAUGUACUUUGACUUCCGUCUCUUCCGCCUGUGGAAAACUCGCCAGCACUCUAAACUCCUGGACUACGAGGAUCUUUUAUGACGGGGCUCCAAGUCAAGUCCGUCCUGUAGAAUACAUGCAGUCUAUACUGGGACAGGAGGACCUACUGAACACCACUGCUCAACUCAACCCUACUGCUCAGCCCCACUGUAACAUCUAUCACACCUGCUUUCAUCCAGGAGAGGACUGGGAGAGGGGGGUGAUGAAGAGGAGGACGAAGAGAAGAGGGACAGGAGUGAUAGAGAGGUCGAGGAGGAGGCGAGGGGUGACAUGGCAGCUGUCAUGGUGCUGUGUGUUAUUUAUUUCAACCCGCCUCUUCACCGCCUUCGCAACCACUAAGGUUCGAGGGUCAAAAAGAGAGACACCCAAGCAGAAGGGAUUCUAGAAAGACAACAAGACCUGAAGAUGGAGAGAAAGAGUGAACGAGUAGAACGGGAGAGAGAUCUUCUGUGCUCUUGCUCUCUCCCUUUAUGAAACGAGGAACAAAAACAUGUAUUAUCAUGUUUGAGGUGCUCAUAGCACUUUAAAGGACAAUUGUCUGGUUCUGUUCUGGUUGGACCUCUCAGAGAAAUCCGGAUUGGAAAAGCAAAAAUUCAAUCCAUAUGUAGGUGUGUAUGUACAGUGGGGCAAAAAAGUAUU